AUGGUGCCAAUAUUAUUGAGGGAAUCAUCUGAGUUGGAUGCAGCUGCUAGUCUGGUGGAAUGGCCGUUUAUUCUUCCCCAUGAAUUUGUGCGCACCCUUGUGGCCGAAGGCUACCUCAACGUUUUGGUGGGCGAUGUCAAAGACAUUCCAGGCUUCUGGGAGCACUUUCUGAAAGAUUUCCCCGAUCACCCUGCCGCGGAUGGGGACAAACGCCUACGAUCUCUUGGGUUCACUCUUUACUGUGAUGAAGCCCAGAGCUUGAAUGACAAUUGGAUGCAUCUCAUUUUCACCAGCGAUUUGUCGCCGUACUUGACGGACGCAGGGGCAUCUCGAUUCUUGAUGACCAUUUUUCCGGAAAGCCGAUACGUGCUGAACCAGGACACGGGGGUUAACGAGACACUUCAAGGAGCUUGCCAAAUCAUAGCGGACUCUUUCAACAAGCUUGCAAAUGAAGGGGUGGAUCUCAGGGAGUUCCCAUCCGAGGAAAGCAUUUUGGUUGCAACCCUGCAUUGCUUCAUCACCGGGUUCCGUGGAGAUUGGAAAGCCCUCAAACAGGUAUUCAACCUGCGCCGGCACGCCAGCACGGAUGAGAUAUGUUGGCUGUGCAAAGCCUGCAAAGGGCUAGAUGAUGAUCAAUCUCCUCUGAUCUUUACGGAUGCCCGAGACAGCGCGGCUUUCUGGGGCACCAUUGGCUUGGAGGACCCUUGGAGCCAAUCCCCGUCCUACGCAACCUUGGUGGGGUUUUCUGGCCCUGGCAUGAUUCACGCGGACCUAUUGCACGUAUAUCACCUCGGUGUUGGUCGGGAUGCUUGCGGAGCACUUCUGAAACUCAUGAUGUCCAAAUACCCAACUGUCUUUUUUGAAGGAAACAACAUUCCUGCGAAAAUGCAGGCGGCGACAAAGCAACUCAAAGAGUACGCAGCCUUGCACAAGCUUCCCCUUAGAAUGAAGCGGUUUUCCAAAGCUAAGAUUAGUUGGAAAAAGAAGUCGUUUCCUGAACUGAAAUCAUCAAGCUAUGACACUUACGUGAUUUCCCGGUGGCUUGGCCACGUUCUUUCCCUUGCCCAAGGCAGGAAUGAUGAAAUCAACAAAUGGGCCACUAUGAUGUGGGCCAUUAACCUUGUCCUGUCCCUUUUGUCUCGUGCUGGGAGGUGGCUUACCCCGGAAGAGCAAGACAACAAAGUUGUCGUUGGCAAAAUUUUUGUGACGAUCUACCUUUCCCUUGCGUUUGAUUCCAUUCAGAACAACGAGCGUUGUUGGCGAGUGCGGCCAAAGCUGCACUUGUUGCAUCACAUACUGCUGUCAAGUCCCCAGUCCUUCUCCAACCCAAAUUCAUUUUCAACUUGGAUGGAUGAGGACAGUUUGAAAAAACAAAUGAAGGUGCUCCGUAAAACGGACCCUAGAUCAGCGCAACUACGCAUGCUGCAGCGGUGGCUCCUUGCUUUGCCGCAGAAGUUUGAUAUGUGCAACAAAAAAGGGCCAUCGUGA